AUGCAAGGCAACCUCACCUCAUCAUUCCAUCUACUGGCCUCGCUAGGCACACUGCUUCCCCAGUUCGCCGUAUCCGCUGAUGUGCACUGUCGAUGUUUUCCUGGCGACGCAUGUUGGCCUUCGAGAGAGCGAUGGGCCGCCUUCAACAAGACAUUAGGCGGCAAGCUUGUCGAGACCAUCCCCCUCGCAGCUCCUUGCCACGACUCGAGGUUUGGCCAAUACAAUGCCGGGGAAUGUAAUACGCUGCAAGAGGCGUGGACAUUACCACAGACUCAUUACGAUUCUUCCUCUUCGAUCAUGGCUCCAUUCUUCGCCAAUCAAAGCUGUGAUCCGUUCACUGGAAUCCAGGGUCGAUGCAUUCUUGGAACAUACAAUCGAUAUGCUGUCGCCGUCGGAUCGGCGAGUGAUGUGUCGAAAGCAUUGCGGUUUACCGAGCGAAACAACAUUCGAAUCACCAUCAGGAAUACAGGCCACGACUACAAUGGCAAAAGUGCCGGUGCUGGCUCCCUUGGCAUCUGGACGCAUCAUCUGAAAGACAUCCAGAUCUCAGAUCAUAGGUCCCGCCACUAUACCGGAAAAGCCAUGAAGAUGGGGGCAGGUGUUCAAGGGUUUGAAGCGUAUGCUGCAGCUCACCAGCACGGGCUCGUCGUACUCGGAGGCGAGUGUCCAACAGUCGGUCUCGCCGGAGGGUACGCCCAGGGCGGCGGUCAUUCUACUCUGGGCUCCAAGUACGGUCUCGCAGCUGAUCAAGUCUUGGAGUGGGAAGUGGUCGAUGCUCGGGGCAGACACCUCACGGCCAGUCGUGCGAAGAACUCUGACUUGUUCUGGGCUUUGAGUGGUGGCGGCGGUGGAACGUUUGGGGUCGUGCUCUCCAUGACCGUGAAAGCACAUGCAGACAUGCCAACGUCCGGAGGAAACCUGUCUUUCACGAGUGAUGGCAUCUCGCAGGACACUUUCUGGAAAGCCAUUGAGGCCUACCAUGUAAGCUUGCCAGCGAUUGUGGAUGAAGGCAUCAUGAGUGUGUCUGCCUUCAGCACCUCAUCGUUCGCCAUCUCACCCAUGACCGGGCCUGGUGUCAGCGCCGAGCGCAUGAACGAACUCUUGCAGCCACUUACUUCGACACUGGAUCGACUUGGCAUCAAGUACACCAAGCUGGUGAAGCAAUUCCCAAACUAUUUCGAGGAGUUCAACACAAUGUUCGCUCCAAUUCAAGUCGGCAUUGCUCAGUAUGGUGGAAGACUGGUGCCGCGAUCAGCAGUGCUUAACAACAACUCUGCGGUGACCCAUGCUUACCGGAAGAUUGCCAACGAUGGAGGCGCUUUCUUCAUUGUCGGCAUCAACGUAUCGACGUCAGUCGCUGGCGAUGUAUACAAUUCAAUCAAUCCAGCUUGGAGAGACACCCUACUCGAUACUGUUGUCACAACACCUUGGAACUUCACAGCACCUUGGUCUCAAAUGGUAGCAAACGCCAACAAGAUGACUGACAAGUUCAUCCCGAUCCUCAAGGACAUUUCUCCUGGCAGUGGCACAUAUAUCAACGAAGCGGAUUUCCAAGAUCCUGACUUCAAACAAGACUACUACGGAGUCAACUACGAUCGCCUCCUGCAAAUCAAACAAAAGUACGACCCGAAUCAUACCUUUUACGCCCUCACCGCGGUUGGCAGCGACUAUUGGGAGGCCCGGCCGGAUGGCAGACUGUGUAAGUCCAGAAGAAAUGCAUGA